UCGCGCCCUUCCUUCUCUCCCCGCCUACGCGCCGCCGUGCGCUCUAGUUUUGGAGCCGAUAUGGGCGCCGCCGCGUGGGCAUCGUCACCCCUGCCGCCGAGUGUGUCUCUUCUGCUGCUGCUUCUGCCGCUCCCGGGGCUGCCCGUGGGCUCCUGGGACCCGGCCGGUUACCUGCUCUACUGCCCAUGCAUGGGGCGCUUUGGGAACCAGGCUGAUCAUUUCUUGGGCUCCCUGGCAUUUGCAAAGCUGUUGAACCGCACCCUGGCUGUUCCUCCUUGGAUUGAGUACCAGCAUCACAAGCCUCCUUUUACCAAUCUCCAUGUGUCCUAUCAGAAGUACUUCAAGCUGGAGCCCCUCCAGGCCUACCAUCGGGUCAUCAGCCUGGAGGACUUCAUGGAGAAGCUGGCACCCACCCACUGGCCCCCUGAGAAGCGGGUGGCAUACUGCUUUGAGGUGGCAGCCCAGCGAAGCCCUGAUAAGAAGACAUGCCCCAUGAAGGAAGGAAACCCCUUUGGCCCAUUUUGGGAUCAGUUUCAUGUGAGUUUCAACAAGUCUGAGCUUUUUGCAGGCAUUUCCUUCAGCGCCUCCUACAAAGACCAGUGGAUCCAGAGAUUUUCUCCAAAGGAACAUCCAGUGCUUGCCCUGCCGGGGGCCCCAGCCCAGUUCCCUGUCUUGGAGGAGCAUAGGCCACUCCAGAAGUACAUGGUGUGGUCAGACGAGAUGGUGAGGACAGGGGAGGCCCAGAUCCGUGCCCACCUCAUCCGGCCCUAUGUGGGCAUUCACCUGCGCAUUGGCUCCGACUGGAAGAACGCGUGCGCCAUGCUGAAGGACGGGACCGCCGGCGCCCACUUCAUGGCCUCGCCGCAGUGCGUGGGCUACAGCCGCCACAGCGCCGCCCCGCUCACCAUGACCAUGUGCCUCCCUGACCUGAAGGAAAUCAAGCGUGCCCUGAAGCUCUGGGUGGCCGCGCUGAACGCCCAGUCGGUCUACAUCGCCACCGACUCUGAGAGUUAUGUGCCCGAGAUCCAGCAGCUCUUCAAAGGGAAGGUGAAGGUGGUGAGUCUGAAGCCUGAGGUGGCCCAGAUCGACCUGUACAUCCUCGGCCAAGCUGACCACUUUAUUGGCAACUGUGUCUCCUCCUUCACUGCCUUCGUGAAGCGAGAGCGGGACCUCCAGGGGAGGCAGUCCUCCUUCUUCGGCAUGGACAGUCCCCCUCAGCUGCGGGACGAGUUCUGAUCCUAGCAGGAGCACACCACCCAUCUGAGCUGUUCCCUCCAGCUAUGCCUGGCAGCCAGAGGUGCUCCCAAGAUUGAUUCCCAUGGAGCAGAGAACAGAGAAAAGUACCAGGGACUUCCUGGAGGAGGAAUACAGUCCACCUCCCAGGGCACGGGACUUCCAAGCUUCUAGUAGCCGGACCAUCUCCCUUUCUUAUGUGCUCCCUGCUGCUUCUCCUGGGAAUUUCUCACACCAGCAAAGCAGUCCAAGCUCUGUCUUUUGGUCUGCCCUGCCCUGAGCAACUGGGAUGCUGAACUCUUUUCAGAGAGAUUCUUGAUAGAGAGAGAUUUUUUAUAGUUUUGAUACUCCCCUAGAACUCUCCCUUAUUGUAAAAAAUCAGUGAAGUUCAUUAACGUAGGUACCUAAAGUGACCUUAACAUAAUGUGGAUAAGACCAGGGGUGGGUGGAUUUAUUGACCACUUUUCCACAUGACCCCCAACAUGGCCCUCAGACUCAUCCCCACUGCCUGGCCAGAGCCAUUGUGAUCCCCGCCUUCCUAGGCCAUUUUUAGGGUUUGGGGCACAAACACUCUUGUCCAUUGUAAACACUGUGCAGACACUAUUGCAGUGCUGUCAGUACCCCACAGAUGGCUAAGUGCUGCUCACACAGCAUGUACCCACCAUCAAGCCAGACCAUCGUGGUUUUGCUCUCAGAGUCUCUUGGUAGUUGGUGGCCUGCCAUAAACCUGGUACCAUCAGGGUCUCAUAACACAUCACCAGGGCCAGGACUUGCUGGCCUGAAGUCUCUUCUGAUCUCAUGUCUCAAGGGGCCUGAUUGUAGAAUUUUGCCAUUAAGCUGGCAUCCAAGGCCUGUCCUCCCAACCUUCCUCCUGCAGCUGGAGCCCUCAGACCAUAUUGUCACAAGGGAGUGUUCACUAAGCCUCUGACCAGAUAGAAGAUGCUCAGAACCCAGGAGCCAUUGGAUUCCCUGGUUUUUUUGUCCACCCCAUCCAGUGUAAUUUCAGCCAAGCCUAUGAGGCUUAAGGUGUUACAGUCGUAAGUUUCUUUAUCUCUCAGAUGCUGUAGUUGUAAAAAUCCAUGACUCCUGAGCGUCUGUCAUUUUUUUUGGCCUUGUGGUUCUAAAAUUCAUUCUGACACCUGCUGAUAACUUCCCUGCCAUGUGACCUCCCUCAGCCUUUGAUCCUGGGAAGGUGGAGACCCUGAUGAGAGCCAGGCCCAGAGCCCCAUGCAGCAGUGUCCCUUGGGUAACCUUUGGGAAGAGAUGCUUUGUUUUCAGGGCAGACUGGAUCAGAGGCUGCAGGGCAACAGGGAUUUCAAACACCAAAGGUGGCAUUUGCUGCUUAGAGCUGCCACCCAACUCUUAGCGGAGGAAACUACAAAAAGUGCAUUUAUAUUUUCCCUCUGGGGGAAAUGUUUUCAAUCUUGGGUGGACUCUGAGAGAUGGUUUAUCUGUUCCGACCUGUUUAUCAGCCUCACCUAGGGACAGGGAGCCCCUGCCUCCUUCAGGUGAUAGGGAGGGUGUGGCUCUCUGGCUGAUGUCAUUUGCUGCCCCACACUAGGCACAGGCUGUAGAGUCGGGGGCUCUAAUGAGCCGGCCAGAUCCUCUCCAUGAGCAUUGGCAGUCAUAAUAGCUUGUGUUUCUGGAGGCGAGGGCGCUGGAGUUUUGUAGGCAAGUUCUUUAUUCCUUUGACCCAGUUUCCUCACCUAUAAAAUGGUGAUAAAACCCACGGGGUUGUUGAAUGGCCCCAAUCAGAUAAAGCAUGUGUAACAGCCCAUUGUAAACUUGAAAGAGACAAAGGCAAAUACGUGGCUGUUGAUUAAUUUGACAGCCUCUCGUGGCACACCCCCUCUGUGCCAGGCACUGUGCUUGCUAAGUGCUUUGUGGACAUUCUCUGGUGUAGCCCCCACCUCAGCCCCGGCAAGUAGGAACUUAUUCUUUCUGCACAAGGCAGAAUUCACGCUCAGAAAGUUCUGUUUCCCCAGGGCCACACAACUAGUGGUGGUCAGCCUGGAUUUGACCUCCAAAAGCCAGUGCUGUUAGACAGCACGCCCUUCUCCUCCAGUUCACAGGAUGCACUUUACGCUGUGUGCCGUGGAGCCCGCAGAUGGAGAAGUGGUCAGCCACCUUCGUUCCCAUUGGGCUCCUGCCGUGGGUCUGCCACUGCUGGGAGGUUUCAGGGAGAGGGGAUCACCCGAGAAACAGAAAGCCCGUAGGAAGCUUACAGUUCUCUUGGGUGGUUGUUUAAUUCAACACACUUUCUUUCAACAGGUGUUUAUUGACCCAGUAUGUCCCAGGCUCUGGGUAGGGAUUCAGAGCCUGGGACAUACUAGGAAUUCAGCAGAGGGUCAGACAUAAACUCUUUGUUCUCAAGGAAUUUGCAUUCUAGUAAGUAGAAGACAUAAUAAGCAAAUGUACCGUGGGAGGUGUUAAUUAAGUGCUAUAAAGCAAAAUAAAGGGCAUGGGGGGUGCAGAGGGGGAGCAGUGCUGGUUUAGCUGGGCUCAGGGAAGGCCUCUCGAGCUCCUGUGGAGGGGGGGAGGGGCACACUCCUUCAGAGGUCUGGAGGCAGCACAUUCCCGGCAGACGGCAAGUGCAAAGGUCCUGAAGCUGCAGUGAGUGAAAAACAGCAAGGAGGUCAGUGUGACUGGAGUGGCAGAAGCAAGGCAGGGAACAGAGUAGUUGAGAGCAGGUGAUGUGACCCGUCCUACAGCCUGGAGGGCAACGUAAGGUCAAGACUUGGCUUUUAUUUGGAGAGACAUGGGAAGCCUUGUUGGGUCUGAACAGAGGAGGGUCAUGAUCUGAUUUACAUUUUUGAAGGGGCUCUCUGGCUGCCAUGUGGAGAAGAGAUGGGAAGGAGGAAGGCUAGAAGCAGGAAGACCAGUGUGGGGCUGUCACAGGGUUGCAGGCGAGAGAGACGAUGGGGCUCAGGCCAGGGUCACUGCAUUGAAGGUGGUGGUAAGUGGUCAGACUCUGGAUGUACAAAAUCUUUUUAAAAUUUCAACCUUUUUCAAAGCUAUGCCUUGGCAUAGUUUUAAUCAUGCAGUAUUUACAAUUUAAUGUUCUGUUUUUCACUUAAUAAUAGAUCAUGUUUUCCAUAUUGGCACAUGGCCUGAAUAAAUGUUUUUAAUGAUAUAAAAUUC